AUGGUAGAUAGACUGGAAGGCCUUAAGGAGCUGCCCAGUCUACGGCGCCUGCUGGUGGGCGGCAAUCGGGUGGGCGUCGUGGAGGGGCUGCCGCACGGCCUUCAAGAGCUGCACAUCCAGGAGCAACGUCUGCCUCCCGGAGACGCCCUUGUCCUCGAUCCACACGCCCUUGCGGCUGUUCAGGACACACUUCUACUACUGGAUGUGUCUGGGAACAGGAUGACGGAAUUGGGACCGGUCGGACUUCUAAACAACUUGAAAGUCUUGCGCGCAGGUGACAACGACCUCCGAACUCUAAGCCACCUCACAGCGGUCAUAGGCCGGCUGCGCCACCUUCAGGAGGCUCACUUCGUCGGGAAUCCUGUCACGGCGCACCGUCGGUAUCGGCCUGCCCUCAUCCUGGCAAGUCAACCGAAACUCGAAAACUUGGACGGGCGUGAUGUGUCAUCAUACUCCAGGGAUUUCCUAGUUCAGGCGAACCGACACCGGCAGGCGUUAAGGCAGGAGAAGGAAGCCCGCCCUCCAAGCCCGCCCGAGGCCAGCCAGGAAGCGGUCAAGCCAGACGCCCACCUGCUCUUCACGUCCGCGUCUCACUCGGCCAACGCCUCCGAGUGCGCGACGGGCCCCAUGUUCGUCCUCGGCGCCCUACGACGCCCGGAGUUCGACCUCAUCCUCAGCCGCGCCCAGAGGAGAGCCAAGGCGCUCGAGAGGGAGGCCGCGGCGACGUCCCCGGGGUCCGAGCUCGAGGGGUUGGACGAGGACAGGUUCUUCGCGUCCAACGGGGGGGCUCCUGAAGGGGGGAGGCGCGGGGACGAGGACGACGACGCCCACUGGUCCGGGGGCUCGAGGGCCAGAGGGGGGGCGCCGCUCGAGAAGAACGUCUGGUUCCCCGCGGGCGACGCCUCCCCGCCGGAGGAGCUGCCGCGCCUCGUCCCGCGCCCCUACUGGAGGAACAAGCCGCCCGCGCCCAGGGUCCACUUCCCGGGCAAGUCGAAGUAUAAAAAGAUUGCAGGGUGUAUACACAGGAAGUAUAAGAAGUUGACACUUGAAGUAUAA